CCUAAGUAAUAGCACUCUAGCGUAUUGUAGAGUGUAGUGUUUGUGUUGAACUUUUUUAAGUGCUGUGAUUUUAUGCGUGCACACAUUUAGGUCGUAAUUUACAUAUGCAACGGGCCCGAAUGAAAACUAUAAUCAACAGCUUCCUGAAAUGCGUUGCCGGUGUUUGUACGUAUUAAUAUUCAAAUGGCGAUGCAGAUACAUUUGAAUGCGAAAAGCGCACUGAUUACUGCAUUACACCUUCACGUCCUAAAUACAUUUCAACGUGAAGACAAUUGAAAGUGUGCUAAAGUAGAGAAGUGACAUACUUUUUACAAAAUCAAUAACUGCUGAAGAUGUGCUGUUAGAAACAAUGAGUCGUAAUAUGACUUGUGACGAUAAUGACAUUAAAUCAUAUAAAAACAUGGCCCGUGGGUACUAUGGCGGUUGUACAAUUACGUGUGAAUUUGGAGGAGGAGGUGCAAGAUUUUUACGUUAACAAUAUUCCGUCUUCCCACUAUGAGGAUGUUCUUCACCCUCGACCUUCUCAGGAAAAUGGAGAUCUGGAAAGUGGGCCUGUUCUGCCGUUAUCCAGGAAGCAUCUAGAGUUGUUUACGAAAAUGUCGUCUCAUCCACACAAAACUGUUCGAACUGAUACUGUUUCGACCAUCUUGGAACAGGAUGAGUUCGACUCCGAGCUUCAGAGCAGUACAGUUUUCAAUCAAACAAACAACAUUAGCGACACAAUUUCCGAUCGCUACGAGAGGUUUCACGUACUGGCCCUAACUCGUGUCGAAGAUGAGAUCAGGUACACCCGAAAUUGCAACAGCGUGGGACGACGGCCAAGCAAUAAGGUCGACAAUUGGGACCUCAUCUACACCGAAGCCGCCGAAAGCAAAUUUACAAGAAACUUCAAUGAAAACGACGCGGCGAACGCCAAAUCGAAAAAUAACAUGUGCAACAAACAACACGAGUGCUUAUUACCGGAUAUACCGCUGGAUGCCCGUAAAGCGACGACGUUACGACGACAUUAUUAUCCUGAAGGUGGUUGGGGGUGGGUUAUAAUCGUGUGUGCAGUGCUCUUAAAUGUUGUUAAUCACGGAUUACAAUUGUCCUGUGCGCAACUUACAAGACCGGCGGCUGACAAGUUUCAUGUGCACGCGGGAGAUUUUGCGGGUAAGUCUGAAAUGCAUGCACAAGUUUUUUUAGCAAAGAAAUGGUUCUGGUUUGGAGAAUCAAAUUUGAGAAGCGAAAUUGAAUUACAUUGGGAAAAUGCGAGGUAA